GCUGAGCAAGCGGCAGAGUCCACGCACAGCGACAUGGGCAACUUGAAGAGCGUGACCCAGGAGCCCGGGCCACCCUGCGGCCUGGGGCUGGGGCUGGGCCUCGGGCUGUGCGGCAAGCAGGGUCCAGCUUCCCCGGCAAGCGAGCCCAGCCGGGCUCCAGCAUCCCCGCCCCCACCCCAACCCGCGCCAGACCACAGCCCCCCACUAACCCGGCCCCCAGAGGCACCCAGGUUCCCCCGUGUGAAGAACUGGGAAGUGGGCAGCAUCGCCUACGACACGCUCAGCGCACAGGCCCAACAGGAUGGACCCUGCACCCCAAGACGCUGCCUGGGCUCCCUCGUAUUUCCACGGAAGCUGCAGAGCCGGCCCCCCACGAGCCCUCCGCCCCCUGAGCAGCUGCUGAGUCAGGCCCGGGAUUUCAUCCACCAGUACUACAGCUCUAUCAAGAGGAGCGGGUCCCAGGCCCAUGAGCAGCGUCUUCAGGAGGUGGAGACAGAGGUGACAGCCACAGGCACCUACCAGCUUCGGGAGAGUGAGCUGGUGUUCGGGGCCAAGCAGGCCUGGCGGAAUGCCCCGCGCUGCGUGGGCCGGAUCCAGUGGGGGAAGCUGCAGGUGUUCGAUGCGCGGGAUUGCAGAUCUGCCCAGGAGAUGUUCACCUGCCUCUGCAACCACAUAAAAUAUGCCACCAACCGAGGCAACCUCCGCUCGGCCAUCACAGUGUUCCCCCAGCGCUGCCCGGGCCGCGGAGACUUCCGGAUCUGGAACAGCCAGCUGGUGCGCUAUGCAGGCUACAGGCAGCAGGACGGCUCUGUGCGCGGGGACCCGGCCAACGUGGAGAUCACCGAGCUCUGCAUUCAGCACGGCUGGACCCCAGGGAACGGCCGCUUCGACGUGCUGCCCCUGCUGCUCCAGGCCCCCGACGAACCCCCGGAGCUCUUCACCCUGCCCCCCGAGCUGGUCCUCGAGGUGCCCCUGGAGCACCCCAAGCUGGAGUGGUUCGCGGCCCUGGGCCUGCGCUGGUACGCACUGCCGGCCGUGUCCAACAUGCUGCUGGAGAUCGGGGGCCUGGAGUUCCCCGCGGCCCCUUUCAGCGGCUGGUACAUGAGCACGGAGAUCGGCACGCGCAACCUGUGUGACCCGCACCGCUACAACAUCCUGGAGGACGUGGCUGUCUGCAUGGACCUGGACACCCGGACCACCUCGUCCCUGUGGAAAGACAAGGCUGCAGUGGAGAUUAACCUGGCCGUGCUGCACAGCUACCAGCUGGCCAAAGUGACCAUUGUGGACCACCACGUUGCCACCGCAUCCUUCAUGAAGCACCUGGAGAACGAGCAGAAGGCCCGGGGCGGCUGCCCUGCCGACUGGGCCUGGAUCGUGCCCCCCAUCUCGGGCAGCCUCACUCCUGUCUUCCAUCAGGAGAUGGUCAACUACUUCCUGUCCCCUGCCUUCCGCUACCAGCCGGACCCCUGGAAGGGGAGUGGAGCCAAGGGCACCGGCAUCACCAGGAAGAAGACCUUUAAGGAAGUGGCCAAUGCGGUGAAGAUCUCGGCCUCGCUCAUGGGCACAGUGAUGGCAAAGCGAGUGAAGGCGACCAUCCUGUACGGCUCUGAGACCGGCCGGGCCCAGGGCUACGCGCAGCAGCUGGGGAGGCUCUUCCGGAAGGCUUUCGACCCCCGGGUCCUGUGCAUGGAUGAAUACGAUGUGGUGUCUCUCGAGCACGAGACGCUGGUGUUGGUGGUGACCAGCACAUUUGGGAAUGGGGACCCCCCGGAGAAUGGAGAGAGCUUCGCAGCAGCCCUGAUGGAGAUGUCCGGCCCCUACAACAGCUCCCCCCGGCCUGAGCAGCACAAAAGUUACAAAAUCCGCUUCAACAGCGUCUCCUGCUCAGACCCUCUGGUGUCCUCUUGGCGGCGAAAGAGGAAGGAGUCCAGUAACACAGACAGUGCAGGGGCCCUGGGCACCCUCAGGUUCUGUGUGUUCGGGCUGGGGUCCCGGGCAUACCCCCACUUCUGCGCCUUUGCCCGAGCGGUGGACACGCGGCUGGAAGAGCUGGGCGGGGAGCGGCUGCUGCAGCUCGGCCAGGGCGACGAGCUGUGUGGCCAGGAGGAGGCCUUCCGCGGCUGGGCCCAGGCCGCCUUCCAGGCCUCCUGUGAAACUUUCUGUGUGGGAGAGGAUGCCAAGGCCGCCGCUCGAGACAUAUUCAGCCCCAAACGAAGCUGGAAGCGCCAGCGGUACCGGCUGAGUACACAGGCCGAGGGCCUGCAGCUGCUGCCAGGCCUCAGCCACGUGCACAGGCGGAAGAUGUUCCAGGCUACCAUCCUCUCAGUGGAAAACCUGCAAAGCAGCAAGUCCACCCGGGCCACGAUCCUGGUGCGCCUGGACACUGGAGGCCAGGAGGGGCUGCAGUACCAGCCGGGGGACCACAUAGGCAUCUGCCCGCCCAACCGGCCGGGCCUGGUGGAGGCACUGCUGAGCCGCGUGGAGGACCCGCCCCCGCCUGCAGAGCCUCCUGUGGCAGUGGAGCAGCUGGAGAAGGGCAGCCCUGGCGGCCCUCCUCCCGGCUGGGCGCGGGAUCCCCGGCUGCCCCCGUGCACGCUGCGCCAGGCUCUCACCUUCUUCCUGGACAUCACCUCCCCGCCCAGCCCGCGGCUCCUGCAGCUGCUCAGCACCCUGGCCGAGGAGCCCAGCGAGCAGCAGGAGCUGGAGGCCCUCAGCCAGGACCCCCGGCGCUACGAGGAGUGGAAGUGGUUCCGCUGCCCCACGCUGCUGGAGGUGCUGGAGCAGUUCCCAUCCGUGGCCCUGCCGGCCCCACUGCUCCUCACCCAGCUGCCCCUGCUCCAGCCCCGGUACUACUCGGUCAGCUCUGCGCCCAGCGCCCACCCGGGAGAGCUGCACCUCACUGUGGCCGUGCUGGCAUACAGGACCCAGGAUGGGCUGGGCCCCCUGCACUACGGAGUCUGCUCCACGUGGCUGAGCCAGCUGAAGGCCGGAGACCCUGUGCCCUGCUUCAUCAGAGGGGCUCCCUCCUUUCGCCUGCCUCCUGACCCCAGCUUGCCCUGCAUUCUGGUGGGUCCUGGCACCGGCAUCGCCCCCUUCCGGGGAUUCUGGCAGGAGCGGCUGCACGACAUUGAGAGCAAAGGACUGCAGCCCGCCCCCAUGACUUUGGUGUUCGGCUGCCGCUGCUCCCAGCUCGACCACCUCUACCGCGACGAGGUGCAGGACGCUCAGCAGCGCGGGGUGUUCGGCCGCGUCCUCACCGCCUUCUCCCGGGAGCCUGACAGCCCCAAGACCUACGUGCAGGACAUCCUGAGGACUGAGCUGGCAGCUGAGGUGUACCGCGUGCUGUGCCUCGAGCGGGGCCACAUGUUUGUCUGCGGCGAUGUCACCAUGGCAACAAGCGUCCUACAGACAGUGCAGCGAAUCCUGGCGACGGAGGGCGACAUGGAGCUGGACGCGGCGGGAGAUGUCAUCGGCGUGCUGCGGGAUCAGCAACGCUACCACGAGGACAUUUUCGGGCUCACGCUGCGCACCCAGGAAGUGACAAGCCGCAUACGCACCCAGAGCUUUUCGCUGCAGGAGCGGCAGCUGCGGGGCGCAGUGCCCUGGGCGUUGGAGCCUCCUGGCACAGACAUCCUUAGCCAGUGAUAGCUCUCUGGCUUUCUCCUCUAGUUCUGUCUCCACUCCAGUCAGCCUUCCCGGGACCGCCACCUCUCAGUCCACUUUUGAGAUACUUUUCCUCUGUCUAGAGGCUUCAGAGAUGUUAGCCUUAUUUCCCCAGGAAGGACCAGAGGUCUCUGACUCUGUCAAGGCCGUUCUCCUUGGCCUGCGUGUGCCCACAUCUGGAAGGGCCCUCCCAGCAGUGGUAUUCCAAUGCCCAUUGCUACCUGAUCCGGGUUCUUUAGGUGACUUAGUUUCCACGUACUUCUCUCUGGAAUAGUUUACCUUUAAAGCCUAAAGUCCCAAUCAUUCGAAUAUUUAUUAUGAAAGAUUGACCAUAAGAGACUGUGCCAGAUGUUGUGAAAAUUUGUCGGAUGCCCACCCCCACCCCGUCCAUUACAGUUAUAAAGUGACAAGUGUGUCUGAACCUGUGCAGAUGUGCGGUGGGACGCCUUGGACAGAGCCCUACGUGCUCCGCUUGGCCCAGCACUCUAAAAACACGUUCCCGGCCAGCCCAGGCAGCUCUCCUGUGCUGAUCCCUCGUUCCUGAUUGGGAACGCAGGUACAGCCAGGUGGCCGGAGCGGGCAGGGCCAGGAUGCCGUCCCAGAGCGGAGGAUGCACAACACAGCCCUGAGCGACCUUUACUGCUCAGGCCACACAGGAAGAGGACCGCACCCACUUCCUCAGACACCACACCAGCACCGAGGCCGGACACAGCAGCCCCUGCUAGCGUCUUGUCCCCAGGCUUCCCCACCCCACUCCAGAAUGUCCCAUGGAUCUUGAAGGAGAGGCCAGCAGGACCCACUGCUCUUCAGAUCCAACUCACUGCCCCCUCCGUGACACCUGGCUGGGUGUCUGUCUUGGCCCUGCCCUCCACCUCAAGAACACUCGGAGACUUCUUCCCAAACAGCCGCUUCAGGGCAGCUAGUUGGCGGUCCUCCUUGUCCUCUCCACGUGGGGUCCGUUUCCAGACGCCACCGGCAUCUCUCCUACCCCUUCUCUGUUCUCUGGGCCGAGUUCCUCAUCGACCGA